CCCGCGGAUGGGUGUCAGCACGAACGCCGCUCGGGGGGCACCAGAGGGCAGCAGCGUUUGUUGGUGUUCCAUGAGAAAGGACACUCUCUCGCCAGAGAGAGUAAUGGAAUUGAGAGAAUGAAAUCAAUGGACCUUUUAGUCAGUCGUUGGAAGUACCGGAAUUUUGUCAUAUCUGUAGUCAUUGUAAAACAGGGCUUUUUCUCUCAUUGGAACUUUGCAGCUCUUGAGUUUGGGAUUAUCUCCUAUAAUUCAUGAUGGACGAUUGAAUUUGGAGGCAUCAAAUCACUGGCAGGAAUUAGUAGUUGGAGGUGAAGGUACCCCAGAUGCGAGUAAGACCAGAUAUGACUGCCACUACUUCAAUUGUUUUAAUGUUUAUAGAUGUGGACGGGGAGGAUACCAACGUAUAUCUGUGUACGUAUAUCCAAUGAUGCGGUAUGUGGAUGAAGAACACAUUGCCAUCAAACCCAUGUCUAAGGAGUUUUAUGAAAUUAUUGAUGCUAUCUUGAAUUCUGAGUACUACACGUCAGACCCUGAUGAAGCAUGUAUUUUCAUUCCACCCAUCGAUACGUUAAAUGAAAAUAACCUAAGGAAAGAUGAGAUUGCUAAAGCAUUAGCAAUGCUACCACACUGGUCUGAAGGAGAAAAUCACCUUCUUUUCAACAUGAUGCCUGGAACGCCACCAGAAUUUGACACAACCUUAAACCUGGCUCGUGGCAAAGCUAUUGUGGGUGGAGGUGGAUUCUCUUCCUUGACCUACCGCAGGGGUUACGAUGUUUCUCUCCCAGUAUAUAAUCCAGCUCAUCAAAAUACACCUAUGAAAAGAAAACCUUUUGGAAAACGCCAGUGGUUGAUGGUAUCCUCUCAGCCCAACAUUCACCGAGACUACCGGGAAGACUUAGAAGCCCAGCUGUUGGAAGGCGCAAUAUGGAAAAUCUCUCAUUCUGACAGUGUGUUCCAUUCUCCAAUCUUACAGUACGAUGUAGAGGAUCUGAUAUGUAUCAAUAUCCUCAAGUUUGACGCAAAACUCUGUCUUGUAAUCCGUGGUGGUCGUCUUGGACAAACAACUCUUUAUGAUGCUAUGCAAGCUGGAUGUGUGCCUAUAAUCAUAGCAGAUUCAUAUGUCCUACCAUUUUCUGAGGUCAUCGACUGGAAAGAGGCAGCAGUGCAGAUAUAUGAGGAAGAUCUGCCUACUUUAAUGCAAACCAUCAAAACUGAGAUUUCUGAGGAGCGGUUAGAAGAAAUGCAUAAACAGGUUCUCUGGUUGUAUGAAAAAUAUUUUUCAACAAUGGAAGCAAUUACACUCACAACUCUGAAGAUCUUGAAUGAUCGAGUCUUCCCAGCCCAUGCCCGUUCAUUAGAACAAUGGAACAGACGUCCUUUACCAACCGCAGUGAGCAACCCGCUCUUCCUCCCAAUCACUGCACCUGUGAAUGAAGGAUUCACUGCAGUUAUUCUCACUUAUGAUCGUUUAGAGUCCCUUUUUCAGGUUAUCCAGACAAUGGUACAGGUGCCAUCACUGUCAAAGGUAUUAGUAGUUUGGAAUAAUCAAAAGAAGCCACCACCACAGGCAUCAAUGUGGCCCAAGAUCAGUGUCCCACUCAAAGUUGUACAAACAAGAGAGAACAAAUUAAGUAAUCGUUUUUACCCAUAUGAAGAAAUUGAAACUGAAUGUAUUCUUGCUAUUGAUGAUGACAUAAAUAUGAUGACUGCAGAUGAGUUGGAAUUUGGAUACCAGGUCUGGCGUGAGUUUCCAGAUAGAAUUGUUGGCUUUCCUCCACGGAAUGUUUUGUGGAGUAAUGAUACCAGAAGUUGGAAGUAUGACUCUGAAUGGACAAAUGAG